AUCAACAGGCACGCGAUGCUAACGCCCCGCCAGUUGUGGAACUGGAGGAAGAAGACCUGGACGAGAAGCGAUCGGGCAUCGGGGUAAAGCGAGCAGGGCACGGCGAGGCGGCGACGGCGCCAUGAGCUACCAAAAGAUCCCGGAGUCCUACCCACCGCCAGGGUACUCGCAGCCGUACCCGCCUCCUCAGGCUCCACCGCAGGGGCCUUACUACCCGCCGCAGCAGCUGCCGCCUCCGGGGUACCAGGGCUACUUCAACGACGGGCAGCAGCCCUACGGAUAUCCGCCACCGCAUGGCGGGCAUCACCACCACGGCCACCAUCACCACCAUGAUGACCAUCAUCACCACUACCAUCACCAUGGCCACCACCACCACCACGAGGAGGAUGACUGCUGCCUCGGCUUCCUGAAAGGAUGGUUGGCCGCUCUUUGCUGCUGCUGCAUACUGGAUGAGUGCUGCUGCUGCUGCUUCUGACAUACAUGCCCUUGAAGCCUCCUUGUGUCUGGCAUCCUGGGACAGCAAAAAUUAUCUGUGCAUUUGACUUGCUAUGAUUUUUGGACAGUAUGAAGUGAAUCUUGGUUGUGUUACUUUUCGUAAAUAAGUUGACUCUGUUUCUGUUAAUAAAAGGUUUAUACAAAUUACAAUGUUUCGUCUU